GGACUUGUUACGCCGCGAGUUUUCCUUUUCGCGUUCUAAUAACGCGGGCAUGCGCACCGUCUCUUUUUCCAGCCACCGAGAAACGCGUAUAUACAAGGCACAUCUUGUACCUUGGAAUUGAUACACACUGUAUAUACGCGUAGCAGGUACGAAAGUACGGAGUAGGACGAACGUGUGUUUCCGCGCGCACCGAUAAGGAGACAGUCGAGAGACAGAGAGCAAAAGACACGCACGUUAGAUCGCUACUUACUCGGUCACGUACGUUCGUGGAAUAUAUACGGGAGCACGUGUAUCCAUCCGGAGGGGCAGCUGAAAGAACGCACGCACUUCCCCGCUCGGAAGUUUCCGCAGCUUUCAAGUAACAGAUAAUUUGUCGAGGGAAAUAGUGCGAUGAUACGCUCCGGCGUGAAGCAAAUCCAAGUUGACGGGAAUGCGUUUCUGGGAAAAGGGUGAGCCGAGCGGCUCCACGUUCUACCCAUUUUCGUUGGAUCGGCCUUGUUUUCGGUGUAUCGGCAAUUUAUCGUGAAACGCAGAGGCGAGGAGACACGGCAGGGAGCAACACGAUCGGGCAACAACUUUAUGCCGGUAACCGGAGCCGGAAACCAGAAGGAAGGCGCAACAGGGAGCUAAGAGCACUUCCGUUUCUCCCAACCGAGGUCAGGCUAUCCAACUUUUAUCAGGAUGUUGCCUGCCAACGUGGUAUCCUUCGUCAAAAAGAUGGUGACGACGCAGCCAGAUUCGGGAACAACCGGAUCGGUUACGCCGGACGAAGGCGGCACCACGUUCAGCAAAUGGAGGCAAUUGGGAAGCGGCGUGAUACGGGACGUGACGAAAUUCGGUCCCGCUAAAGUGACGCCAGUCGAGGAGACUCAACCUAAAGAAGAAACGACCACGGAAUCAACGAAAACGAAGUCGAAAACCGGGGACGAUUGCAGAGUGUGCCGGAAGUCGUUCGCCCCCGAAGAAGCCUCGAGGAUCUGCUGCGAGUGUCAACACAAAGUUUGCGAGGACUGUGCUUGCUACUCGACGACAACGAAUUCCGACGAUCCGUCGUCUUGGAGGUGCAGCGUGUGCCGGCGGAAGCUCGCGUCCCGGGACCAACCGAUCGUGACGCAGGAAUCGACCGAUUCGUUGCUCGAGGUUCCGGUCCUCGAGGCUCUUCAAAGGAGGCACAGCGACGCGAGACUCGGCUGCCAGAGCGGAAGCCAGAUCGGCGGCCUCGGCUCCGGAUUGGCGCCCCCGAGAAGCCCCGAACUCAGAAGGCACUCGGACGUGUCGCCGGCCAGUUUGAAGGAGCUCGAAAAGUUUCGAAAGGUUGCAGGGGAACGCCGCGAGGAGCUGAGAUGGGAGCUGGAUCGGAGCAUCAGGUCCAGGGCGACCUCGCCGGAUCGUCACCAGGUCGAUAAGGGAAGGGCCACCAGCCCCCAGAGAGUUUCCGUCGUCCCGUCCUCCGUCGCUGGAGAGCCAUCGGACGUGCCGUUGGACGGGGACGAGGAGGACGAGCGUCGAAGGCACGUGAGGCGGAGUGGCACGGUUCGCAAGUCUCGUAUGACCAGGCAAAGGUCGUACGACGACGAAAUGAAGAACGUUGCGGCCAUGUCCGGAGGUGGAGCGCAGCACGCGCAUCCGGAGCCGGGCCUGGGGCUUCCGGUGCAGCUGCCUAGGCGGGCAUCGGCCUACGACGUGUACGCGACGCCGGGAGCGGGCGGCCUCAACGCCAUGGCCAUCGCGGCUGCCCAGCAAAGAGCAUCGAUCUCCGCGCAGGGAGGCAGGAAACCUCCGGAAGAAAGGCCGGCCACUCGCAGAUUGUCGUUCCGAGUGGUGAAGCCGUACGAAGUCGGAGCCGAAGAUGAAAGCAUGAUGAAUUUGGAGGCAUCCUCCGUGCCGGUCGUCUCGCCAAAGGUCGUUCCUCCGCCUGUUUUGGGCCCUGACGAGGAACGCCGCACCAGACGAAGGGGCUCCCAACUGCCGGAUAUAAACGCCAUAAAGGGAUUGGCAUCUUCGGCCUCCUCGGCCGCGACAAAAGUCGCCCCUCCGUCGGCUGUGAACAGGGUCGCGGCCGAGGAUCGUGAAUUGGCACGGCAAGGAAGCCUCGUCGACGGGGAAAGUAUCAAGAUCGUUAUCCAUCACGCGGACAAUGACAUGACGCCCUGGGUGAACGCGAAGAGGAGAAUAAAACUGAGAAGAGAUCCGAGUUUGGAUAAAGGGCAUAGAACCGCUGGUUUUGGUCUAAGAGUGGUUGGUGGUAAAACAGGGACCGAUGGACGUACAUUUGCAUACGUGAUGUGGACCCUGCCGGAUGGACCAGCGGCAAAAGUUGGUAUACAACGAGGCGACAAGGUGUUAGAGUGGAAUGGAGUGUCUCUGGUGGAUCGAAGCUUCGAGGAAGUGGUUCAAAUAACAGAGCGGAACGACGAUGUGGUCGAUCUGGUGGUCGAGCAUGUUGCCGACACCGGGGACCUGCCGGAGGAUUUAGCCGCGGUACCAUCUGGAAAAGUGCCGGGGAAUCUGGGACUGCUGAUGGAAGGGGAAACGGAUAAAACGCCUUCAUCACCGACGCGCAGGAAACUGCCAAAGACGCCGGAGCAGAUAGCGAAAGAGAAGCAGGUGACGGGCAGGAUACAGAUACAAGUCUCGUACGAGGCGGAUCGCAAGGAGCUGAUCGUCUCCGUUUUCAUGGCGGACGACUUGUGCGCAAGGGAGGACACCGGAUACGGCACGUUGCCGGAGGCGUAUGCCAAAUUGGCCCUGGUUCCGAUCGGCGCCGAUCAAAUUACUUUGAAAACCGUGGUCGCGGAGCCAAGUCAAAAGCCAAUUUGGAAUGCAACAUUGCUUUUCUCCGGGGUUGACGGGGAGAGCUUAAUGAAGCGAGCGAUCGAGGUGACCCUGUGGGAUUUCUGCCCCGACGGCGAUAACGUUUUUCUCGGCGAAUGCACCGUCGAUUUGGAACGGGCCCUCGAAAACGACAGAGCAGUUUGGUAUCGGCUGGAAGACCCCCGAGGGCUUCGCGCGAGCAAAUCGCCCUACUGUUCCCCCCGAGGCUCCCUUUCCAUGGAAAUUGCCCAAAGGUUACUGCGAAAGACGGAGCUGCGCGAAAGAAGUUACAGCGACGACACGCAAAGCGACAGCGGAAGUCCGGAGCUCUGCUUCCUCCACCCGGACCACGCUUGGCAUGCAAAUUCCAGAAGAGGAUCCAGCCAAUCCGAGCAGCUAGAAGUCGAACCGUACGAACUUAACAGGGAUUACAGUAGAUCCUUGCCGGGCAGCCGAAGGAGCAGUUUCCAGAGCCAAGGUGGCACCGACAGUAAACGCGGAAGUAUGGGCGAGACCGAGAUGCCGACGAUACACUUCAACCGAGAUCGGCGACGGAGCUCGUUCACCAGGCCAAUGAGGGACCCGGAGGAAAUUCUGGAGGGUCUACGAUCGUUGAAAGCGGCCAAGAGGGAGCUUGGCAGGACGAUGAGUCUCUCGGGAGACAAAAGACGCGAGAGCCGGCGGGGUGAGCGCAAAGACAGCGUCAUGAAUAUUCCGGAGAGGUUUUACGAUCGCAACAGUGAAUCGGACGAGGAAGAAAAGUGGAGUCAGCCAACGAGAAAUGAAAAUGGCGUUAACGCGAAGCUGGGCCGCGGACAGGUGCCACCAAAGGGAUUCAAGAUAACAGCUGGAGGUCAAAGUGGCGAGGUGAAACUGGGUCUCUGCCUGAGCAAAGGAACGCUUGAAGUCGAAGUUAUAUGCGCUCGAGACAUUUGUCCCGGUGAAAAAGAAGAGCCAGACACUUACGUGAAAACGUAUCUCCGAGACGGCGACAGAUGGCUGCAAAAGCGGAAAACACGGGUGGUGCGACACUCGAGGAACCCGCAAUACCGUCAGACCAUCAAGUACAGCAGCUGCGACGCCCUUGGAAGGAAUCUACUGGUGAUGCUGUGGGAGAAGAAGCAGGCGUUCGAAAGCAACCAAGGGUUAGGCGGGGCCGAGGUGAGCCUCGACCUUCUUCCACUGGCACAGCUGACCGUCGAUUGGUAUCCCUUGUUCCCGAUUCACACCCUCGGCACCCAUACCGCGGACUCCCCAUGAUGGCUGAGGGAAAAAUGGGCCCUCGAGGCGGGGGAACUCGAUCUAAGGCUGAGCCUCCUUCUCAAAGACGAGAACGAGUCC